UAAUCUUUUUCAGUGGGGUCAGGAGUCUCAAAUGUGGACAGCUAUUGCUGAUUACUGCUUUGUCCCCACCCUCAGCAGCUCUCAUUCAUGGCGCCUCCCCAACGGCCCCCCUCUCACUCUUCACUCCUGUGGUCUUUUCUUCCCAUACCCACAAAAAAUCAGUGCCAAUUUUUACUAGUCAAGUCCCUGUCCUUUCUUGACCAAUCUUGAAUCUUUUGUCAUUUUUGGGUGGUUUUGUCUGUUGGGGUUCGAGCAAAAGAGCAGGAAUGAGAGGAGGGGAAGUUCACUUUCUCAAUUUCACUCUCCUCAUUGUGCUUCUGCUGUUUCUCUCGCUCCAUGAAUCCUGUUGCAACCCAUUUGAUCACUUGAAAACUUCUGUGGGAAUGCAAACAAAGGUAGAUGUCUUUUUGCGUGAGAUUUCCCCAAGUGCAAGUCCUCAGCCCUUUUUGCCAGAAAUUUCCCCCAGCACAGGUCCUCAGCCCCUUUUUCCUCUUCUUGCACCUUCCCCAUUGACACCAUUCACCAAUAACACUGUCCCCAAGUUAUCAGGACAAUGCAUCUUAAACUUUGCUGCUGUUGAUAGUAUGAUGAGCGUGACAUCAAUUGACUGCAUAGCUGUCUUUGCAACUUAUCUCGCUAAUGUAAUAUGUUGCCCACAGUUGGAAGCCACUUUAGUCGUCCUUAUUGGUCAAUCUAGCAAAGAUACCAGCAUGCUAGCUCUAAAUGGAACCAGUGCAGGGCACUGCCUAUCCGAUUUUGAGAAAAUUCUGGCCAGCCAGGGUGCUAGUGAUACUCUACAACAAAUAUGCUCUAUCCGUCCUUCAAACCUCACUGCUGGUUCUUGUCCGGUCAAUGACGUUAAUGAGUUUGAGAACACAGUGGAUACUUCAGGGCUACUUGCCGCCUGCGAAAAAAUCGAUCUGGUGAAUGAGUGUUGUGACCAAAUUUGUCAGAAUGCUAUAUCAGAAGCUGGUAAAAAGCUUGCUAAUAAAGCCUAUGAUCUUUCCAGCAUGGAUAGAUCUCACGCAUUGUCCGAUCACUCGACUAGAGUUGAUGACUGUAAAGUGAUAGUUCAGAGAUGGUUGGCUAGUAAACUUGACCCUUCUAAUGCAAAGGACGUUAUUAGGGGACUCUCUAAUUGCAACAUCAACAAAGUUUGCCCUUUGGCCUUUCCAAACAUGAACAGCGUCACAGUGGGCUGUGGAAAUGGCAUAAGCAACCAGACAGCAUGUUGUAAUGCGAUGGAGAUUUACGUGUCUCUUUUGCAGAAGCAAAGCUUCAUAACCAACUUGCAAGCUUUAAAUUGUGCUGCAUCACUUGGAAAGAAACUGCAAAAAGCAAAUAUUACCGAAAACAUAUACAAUCUAUGUCAUAUUGGCCUCAAGGAUUUUUCCCUUCAAGCUGGAAUCCAAGAGUCGGGUUGUCUUCUGCCUAGUUUGCCAUCAGAUGUGACAUUGGAUAGAUCUUCAGGACCCAGCUUCCUUUGUGAUUUGAAUGACAACAUUCCAGCUCUUUGGCCAUCUGCUACCCAAAUAUCACCUUCAUCAUGCAAUAAAACUGUCAAAAUACCUGCACUUCCUGCUGCAGCAUCUGGGCAAAAUGGUGUUUACAAUCAAGACUUACAAAUUCAUAUGCUCUUUGCGAUGGUGGUGGUGAUCAUGAUUAUCGUUUAAUUCAGAUGAGCUAUUCUUGAUAUCUUGGUUGCGGUGAAAAGUAUUUUUGGCCACAAUUGAUUGUCUUUGGAGAACAAUGAAGUUCAGAUGAGGUUGUACGAUAGCAGGUUUCAUCAAGUGCGCACGUCUCAGUUUGAGGUGAAAUUACGUCUCGAAUUUGUCCGUCUUAUCUAUUCAUCAUUCUUGCAAGCUUGUAAAAUAAAAUUUUUGUAUAGAAUUUUUCCUAAAGGAGGAAGGUAAUGAAAGUGUCAACCCCUGAAAAAAUCCUUGUAAAGUCAUAAUACAGAGAAAUCAGUGUGUGUUAUGAGUAAUUGCAUGCACAAUGAUUUAUGUUUAACUUAUAAUAGCAAAUCUUCUUCUCUGCA